AUGUCUACUGGAGAUGGAAAUUUUGCUGCAUUGCUGGUGUAUGUAGACGAUAUUGUGAUUGGUAGUACAUCUGAUCAGUUAGUUGACAACAUUAAAGAGUACUUAAGUACACAAUUCAAGUUAAAAGAUUUAGGUAUAGUUAAGUAUUUCUUGGGGUUGGAAAUUGCUAGAUCUCCUGAAAGAAUAUCUGUUUGUCAACGCAAGUAUGUUUUGGAUAUGCUUGAAGAAUAUAGUCUACUAGGUGCUAAACCAGUGUCAACCCCUAUGGAUUAUAAUUACAAGUUGCAGAAAUCCACUAAAGAUUACCGAUUGAAAGAUCUUACUAUUUACAGACAAUUGGUUGGAAAGUUAUUGUAUUUGACAUUUACAAGGCCAGAUGUUUGUUAUGCUGUUCAAGUGUUAUCUCAAUUUAUGGACAAACCUUCAAAUGAUCAUUUAGCUACAGCAUUCAGAGUUUUAAGAUACUUGAAAGGGGCACCAGGACAAGGACUUCUACUGCAUUCACAGUCAAACUUGCAAAUUCAAGCUUAUUCUGAUAGUGAUUGGGCAAGUUGUCCAAAUACUAGAAAAUCUGUCACUGGAUAUGCUUUAUUUCUUGAAAACUCAAUGGUUAGUUGGAAGGCUAAAAAGCAAUCUGUAGUUGCUAGAAGUUCAGUUGAGGCUGAAUAUCGUUCCAUGGCAACAACAUCUUGUGAGAUAAUAUGGUUGAAAUCCUUGUUGGCAGAGUUUGGAAUUUGUCAGACAAAUGCUAUUAAACUGUACUGUGACAAUCAAUUUGCCAUUUACAUUAGCAAGAAUCCUAUGUUUCAUUAA